GUCAGUGUGAGUGCACAUGUGCCAGUUCAUCCAGCUGCCACACAGAGGGAAGGAAAUCUGACUUUAAACCUGCAGGAGAAGGAAAGAUUCAAGUCUGACACAAGUGAAACUCUCCUGUUGGAAACAGAGGCGACAGGGAAUCAUCACCAUAAACACAGAUCAUCGACCACCAACUGCAGCACAACAACUCAGACACUACCAUGGCUCCCAGCUUGGCCCAGGCGUACAGCAGGAGGUGGUGGAUGGCCAUCACAGCCAUCAUAGAGAACCUGCUCUUCUCUGCUGUUCUGUUGGGCUGGGGCUCACUACUCAUCAUGCUGAAGAAUGAAGGCUUCUAUUCCCAUGUUUGUGUUGACAAUGGGACUGUCAACACCAAUGUGACUUCCUUGGAGAGUGGGGCGUGGCCGAGCUGUGUGGAGCAGGAAGAGAUAUUGAAUCUUGGCUUCACCAUUGGCUCGUUCCUCCUGAGUGCAGCCACUUUACCCCUGGGGAUCUUGAUGGACAGAUAUGGACCACGCCCACUGAGGCUUGUUGGCAGCUCAUGUUUUGCAGCCUCCUGUGCAAUGAUAGCUGCUGCUGCAUACAAGCCUGAAGUGUUGUCAUUCCUCAUCUUCCUCGCUGUCUCCUUCAAUGGCUUUGGAGGAAUCUGCCUGACCUUCACCUCACUCACACUGCCCAACAUGUUUGGGAAUGUUCGAUCAACCAUCCUCUCCUUGAUGAUCGGCUCCUACGCUUCUUCAGCCGUCACCUUCCCUGGUGUCAAGGUGAUUUACGACCUUGGUGUGUCGUUCCGCAUCAUCAUGUGGGUUUGGUCCGGUAUGGCCUGCAUGGUCUUCCUCAACUGCUUCCUAAACUGGCCUGCUGAGUCCUUCCCUGCACCUGAGGACAUCAGAUACAUUAAAAAGGUGAAGCUGAGUGGAGUUGUGACAGAGGACAAGAUGACUGGAGACAGGUACAUCAAUCAUGUGACCACAAUGGAAGACACAAUGGGGGCUAAGAAGUCAAACCCCGAGCAGACAGAUUCCCAAAGCACUGGCCAGAGCUCAGUGCCGCUCUGUCAUUCUGUGUGCUCUCCCAUCUUUCUGUGGAGUCUCAUCACCAUGGCAAUGACCCAGCUGAGGCUGAUCUUUUUCAUGGGUGCCAUGAACAAGAUGCUGGAGUUUCUGGUCACCCACGGCAAGGCCCACCCCUCAGAAGAGAUGAAAAUGGAGGUGGAGGAACAAGUUGGUUUCUACUCAUCUAUCUUUGGUACAAUGCAGCUGCUUUGUCUAUUGACUUGUCCUUUGAUUGGCUACAUCAUGGACUGGAGAAUGAAGGAGUGUGAAGAGGAAAACACAAACACACAAAUAGAGAAAAGCCAAUCAGAUCCCCCAAAGGGAGACAGAAAAGUCCAGAAAGUGACCAAUGCCAUGAGGGCUUUCGUCUUCACCAACCUCCUAUUGGUCACCUUUGGAAUAGUUUCCUUGAUUGACAACCUGCCCCUUCAGGUGGUGUCAUUUGUUCUACAUACUAUAGUGAGAGGAUUUAUCCACUCCUGCUGUGGAGGCCUCUACGCUGCUGUAUAUCCAGCCAACCACUUUGGGACGCUAACAGGCAUGCAGUCAAUGAUCAGUGCUGCUUUCGCCUUGCUCCAACAGCCACUCUUCAUACUAAUGUUGGGACACUUCCGUGGAGAUCCUUACUGGAUCAAUUUGGGCCUUCUCAUCUUCUCCCUGGCUGGCUUCCUGUUGCCGGGCUAUCUGUUCUAUCACCGCAGAAACCUGAUCAGGGCAAAGGCAGCACGUGAUAGGCUGGCUGCCAGCCACGACAAAGAGAAUGCUCCUCUAAACCAAUCAGCUAGUGGAACUGAUAAGAGCCAAGCCAAUGGGCACGCAGCUAAUGGAUACACACCAAACGGGCACAGUGUUUAAGAUUAUAGAUUAUUCAAGUGAAAUGAUCAAUUUAUAUUACAUUUUUUUGUAAUUUCUGUUCAGUAGUUUAUGAAUACAGAAUACAAGUUACAUUUCUAACCCUGAGGUCAGGCCUCUCCUUUAGAAAACAGUCUUUUCACUAGUCUCCGUCAUGUAAAGGUGGCUCAGUGGUUAGCGAGUUUACAUGUUGAUUCCCUGUUUAUGGGAGCUUCUCCACUAACACCAUAAAUAAGAUUUAAAAAAUAUAUGCUUGAUGGACUAGUGCACUGCAUACUGGGAAAAGUUCCAGUCCCCAAACCUUUGACCCGAGCAAACCAACAUAAAAUUUCAAGGACCAUAUCAGUGUUUUACUGCAUGUUUUAUCCUAUUUCCUUUUAACUACAUACAGUAGCUUUAGAGUAUUUUCAGCCAUUUUUCAAAGCAUAACUCAACUUUGUAGAUCAGGGAAUGUGCUUGAAACUUUUGCUGAGUAAUCCAUCAUCGUAAACAGCAAAAUGCCAGCCAAAAGAGCAAGUGUACGCAUACUACAUACUACUGUUAUGACCACAAUUUGAAGUUAUUUUAACAUAGCAACACAAUUCAAGGUUAAUUACUACCAGUUACAGAAACAUCAUUUGUUACCCCAAGUGAGCAAGUAACAAGUGAUUACAAAUGUAAAUAGAAGUAAUGCUUAAGUUGUGAUGUAAAGAUAGCAGGCCUAAAUGUAAUGAGCAACUACACCCACUCUGUGCUUCCAUAUCUGACAUACCAUAUAUAUAUACAGUACAUAUAUAUAUAUAUGUAUAUAUAUAUAUAUAUAUAUGUCAAUGUACAGUAUAUCUGAUAACUUCCCUUGGUAGUUUCUACACUUCAUAAAGCUACUUGCUGAAUAUAGAGCACUAGCAAAGCAACAAGCUACCUAAACAACCUUCAGGGAGCAUUACAAAUAAUCACCCAGUGGGCAUUAUAGUUAGAAAUACUAUUUAUUACCUGGUUGAGAUUUAGAUGAUUGAUAGAAGAUUGAUACCACUCUCAUGUCUCUGUGUUAAUUUGUAUGUAGCCAAUUAGCUUGGCUUAGCUUAGUUUAGCAUAAAAACUGAAAGCAGGGGAAAACUGCAAUCCUGGCUUUGUCCAGAAUUUUUAAAAUCCACCUACCAACACCUUGACACAUUAGAAACACACAUUAGAAAUUUGAAAACUCUUCCGUGCCCAAAGAUGAGCUCUGACUGAUUCAGUCUUUUCAUUUUUGAAUGUGUCAGUGUCAAAUUCAGCACAGGGUCAGUUGAUAUUUACAUGCAAAUGUUCCCAGCCUCUGCUGCAAUAAUUAGUCAAAAUAAAAUAAGAGGUGCCUUGGCUUUAACAUGGAUUUAAAGUAGAAAGUUCAUCAGUCUGAUGUUGGAUGGAUGGAAUUAAUGUUAGCUUGCUAGCUAGUAGUAGCACAACCACACAGAGGUCUUCGUCAGAUGAAAUGAUUGAAAGGCAUUGAACAAGCAGUCUGCCAGUAAAAUCCUUUAGGUACCUGUGUCAGGAUUCAGCUGCCCGCCCAGUUUGGUGACACAAUUGAAGAACCACCGUGUUGAGUGACAAAUUUGUAGAAAUGACAAGAUUGUUCACUUCACCCACCUUCACACAAGCAGUUGGUUAUCUUGGUGUUGUACAACAUCUUUGCAUCACCUAACAAAAGUUAUUUUAGGCGGCUAUUUCAUGACUUUCAUGACUUGAUUUUUAUUAUUGCAUGAAAAGAGACGUGUGUGCCGUGAAAUCUGUGUCAAUUGCGUCAACCUUGCGCUCAAAACGUGAGGUAAAAGCAUCAACCGUCAUUUCCAGUAAGUAUCCAAAGUGAGUGUCUGUCAGUUGUUUCUUCUUUUGCUGGUUUGACAUAACAUCACAAUCUGUGGAUAUUUUAUUAAUCAAAGCUCUGUCAUGGUGCAUUUGGGCCAAAAAUUGUUUCCCUCUCAUGUCAGUGUGAAACAGAGACACAUUCACUUUUCCCAGUGUAAGAAUGAAAGGUCAGUCCCACCCAUCUCUCAGGUUCAAUAUUACAGGCCAAAGUUCAACCAGAUUGAUUGCUGCAGGCUGGACAAUUUUAAACCAGAAGCCAACAAGUCUCCACCCCAUUUCACAUUGACAUGAAAGGGAAGUGGACUGUUGUCUGACUGCACCAUUAGGAGGACCAAAACGAGGAGGAGGAGAAGCUGAUUCCACAGCAAGUGACCUCAGUAAUAAAUGACAGAGAAUCAGAAUGUAGUAAGACUUUCGGGUGCAGGUGCUUUUCCAAUAAAAAAAAAAUCAUAUUGAUUUGGAUCAUUUAAAAGUCAUUUUGUAGUCCUUGUUUUAGUCAAGUAAAAGUCAACAAAAAAAGAUUUGAUAUUAUUGUACCUAACAACUAAAGCUGCUUUUUUUUACUCUUGUAAUUCAAGAAGCACUGGAAUGCAGCAGCAAGAGAUGAUGAAUAAAGAUGUAUUGUUGUGAUGCCUGCAUGCUGAGAGCACAACAUGGCUUCUAGUGAGUUCUGUAAACAAGGAGCUUGUACCGUCUUAAUAGCUUAAUGAUAAGAUUUGUACAGUGAUUAUGAUUACAUAAUGAUAUUUUAAAAUAGCUGAAAUGUGUGUUUGUGUGUGUGACAUUACAUCUAUGCUUUUCAAGAAGUGCCUCGGUUCGACGUCUUGAUGUUUAAAGGCCAAUUCAUAUUUUCUGUGUCUGUAUUCCUGAGAGGGUCCGCUUUGAUGCGCAUGACCUAACUGUCGUCAUCUGCCCAUGUCCGCCAGAGUCCACGUGGACCCAUAUGCCGACUUCUGAGUGCAGCCCAAAAUUCGUUGUUGAAUUGUGCUUGCUCCUGAUAAUAAAACAGAUUUUUGUUUUGAGGAGAGUUUGUGCAAAGAGAUCCGGCGUUAUUAACAUUUGUGGAUCUUCUUGAAGAGCCAACAGGUGUUGAACUCCUGGCUAGAAAUAGCACAGAGGCUUGGGGGGAUGUGUUUUUUUUACCUAAUAAGCAUGCUUCUACUCCUACUUCUUGAUUUUGGUAGCAGUUGACUAAACACGUUGUGGUGCCUUACUGCCUCCAACUGGAAUGGAGUGUGGAUCGGGAGAUGCACAUGCACAGAGUACCAGACUGUGGCAGACCAACAUGACCUUCAAUUGUAGUAGGAAAUGUGUUUGGAGUCCAAGCGAAACAGAAUAUACAGCAGACACAACUUACUAUAAUACAAAUUCAGUAAAAAUACUGGCCACACAAAUUAUUGUGACUAAGUCUUUAGUUAAUUGGACAUUAUAGGCGUCAGAACGGUAGUAUUUAUUGUAUGUCUAUGGUAUUGGAUUGCAUCACAUUGUACAGGUGUUGUUGAUUUUAUUGUGUUUUAUUGUGAUAGAUAAUUCAGACCUUCUGGCCACAGCGGAACCAAUGUUGAGGAGGGAGCUAAAGUUUUGUCAUGAAAUAAAUUUUAAAACCAAAUGUAAGAGAUAACAAAUAUUUAUCAUCUCUGUAAACUGAAGGGGCUGAUGGCUGAAAAUAAUUUUCCACUGUAAAUAAGUAUUAUUGUGUUAUUUGUUUUCUGACUUGAUUUGCAAUUUUGCUUUGAUUUGUUGUGGAAAAAUGUAAACAAUUAAAAA